GAUGGAGCUGGAGUCGGAGGAGCGGCGCCGCGCAGCCGAGCGCGCUGAGCGCGACGAGGCGCAGCGCCAGCUCUGCCGCAUGCAGGAGAUGCGACGCGCCAUCGAGCUGCAGCUGCAGCAGAAGCAGGAGCAGCGUCGGCUGGACGAACUGCAGCGCCAGGCCGUCCAUAAGACGAUGAUGGAGAAGCUGGCCGAGGAGGAGCGGCUGGAGCUGCUGACGCUGGCGGCGCGGCGGCGGCGCGAGCUGGAGCACCGCCGCCAGGUGGAGCGCAUGAUGGAGGAGAACCGGCGUCGCCGCGACGAGGAGAUCGCCCAGCUGUGCCACGAGAAGCGCGAGCUCGAGCGCAUGGAGGCCGACCGGCUGCGCCUGGUCGAGCAGGAGCGGCGCCGGCUGCUCGAGCAGCACGCCAUCAAGCUGGUCGACUUCCUGCCGAAGGGAGUGUUUCGGGACGAGAAGGAGCUGCAGGAGCUGGGCAGCCAGUCAGAGGCCGUGGACACGCUGCGAGAGAAUGCCGAAGAGGGAAGCUACGUCCGCAUCUGCUAGCCAGGCUCGGAUGUCCAGCACGAGGGUGUCGUCCGGAGUCGGCGGGUCAGGAGCCGUCCCGGGCGUCGACGCUUCCCACGGACGCUAGCACGAUCUCAUCGAGUACGAAAAUCGAGGCGCCGCC